AUAUUUCACUCUUUAAUGUUCUCCCAAGCUCUUUUGCUCUUGCCCGUCGUUCUUUCAGCGGUUCUCACGACUGCGUUCCCUGCGUCGGAGAAGAGUCUGGUUGCCAAUGCAGCGAACACUGAAAGCGCGUCUCUCGCAGCGCGCGCCGCAGCCCAGCCUCUUACCCUAGCCAACUCCAACUGGAUCUGGACUGGAGAAGAAGCCGGCGCGGGGGGAAACGCUCCCAUCGGUUCUCGGCCCUUCCGCAAGACCAUCCCCCACACCAGCACCAAGUGUCCGGUGUGCGCCACCAUCCUCAUCGCUACUGACAACCUCCACACACUCUACGUCAACGGUGCACAAGUCGGCUCAGGCGCGUCCUUCUCAGACGCACAGGUGUACACUGUCGGCCUCGAACCAGAAUCCGACAACGUCAUUGCCGUCAAUGGUACCAACACUGGAGGACCCGCCGGUUUGAUUGCCACUGUCCUCGUUGACUACGCCGACGGCACCACCGAAACCUUUGUUACCGACGCAUCCUGGAAGACCCUCCAGUCCGCUCCCCCAGCUGGAUUCGAAAACCCGAGUUUGGACGACUCGGCUUGGAUUGCAGCGGUCGGGCAAGGAAUGGAGGGCGUCUCUCCCUGGGGCCAGACCACACUUCCCAGCGCACUUGACAUAACCCAAAGUAACUGGAUUUGGACGAACGAGACCUCUGCAGGGAACGCCCCGGUUGGACACAGGGCAUUCAGGAAGACGGUCACUUCCCCAUAUGGUAAGGGCGCGGUGUGUGCAAAGGUAGUCAUCACUGUCGACAACGCGUACACGCUCUAUGCCAACGGAGAGUCCCUCGGAUCAGGCACAGACUUCCAGACCGCCCAAGCAUACUCCGUACCCCAAUUGGACCCCGACCAGAACGUGUUUGCAGUUGAUGGGCAGAACACUGGUGGUCCGGCUGGUGUCAUUGCUACCAUUCUGGUCGCGUAUAAUGAUGGAACGUCGGUUUCCUAUGUCACAGAUACCACCUGGAAGACGACCACUGAUCUGCCUACUGGAUUCCAGCUUCCCGCCACCGACGACAGCACUUGGAGCGAUGCUACGAUUGUUGGCCAGUAUGGUAGUGCUCCUUGGGGUGCCAUUACCGUUCCGGAUGCAUAGGCACCGAAGCAAGUAAAAUCUUCACAUUCCUUUUCGUUUAUUCUUUCCUUCUACAUAUCCAACUUUCACAGCAAGUACAUAUAUCUGAUCAGGAACUCUAAUUGAAUGUCUUGUCUUCCUUCUUAUUGAGCUCCGGCUUGUUUUCAAUAAUCGAAUAACUUGAGGUUUAUAAUGUUUUAAAUCCACCAUUACUGUCAUUGAGGAAAUAAUGACUGAGCUCUCACUAACAAAGUGAUGAAAAAAGUUUCUAGUGGUCUUGGUAUCAGUACAAACAAGCAGGAACAGCCGGGCCCACAGCGGUCGCGAGUGACAGGACUGUUGUAAG